AUGGCUGAUAUCGAGAUCAUCAGGAGUCAACUCAAAGCUCAUCCCGACUUCCCCAAGAAGGGCAUCGUUUUCCUAGACAUCUUCCCUCUUCUGCGGAAUCCGUUGACCUUCGAGGUUCUAAUCACACAUCUCGUCCACCACUUGAUCUCGGAAACCCUCAUCAAGACUCCAAACCGCAAGAUCGACGUCGUAGUUGGCCUUGAUGCUCGUGGUUUCUUACUGGGGCCCAUCAUCGCGCUGAGGCUCGGUGCAGCCUUCGUACCCGUUCGGAAGCAGGGCAAACUUCCAGGAGAAUGUGUGUCAGCAACCUAUGAGAAGGAAUAUGGAACGGAUUCGUUCGAGAUGCAAGCAGAUGCCAUUCAACCGGGUCAGAGUGUAGUUGUGAUAGACGACUUGAUUGCCACAGGCGGUUCUGCCAAAGCUGCGGGGGAGUUGAUCGCUCAACAAGGCGGCAAGACGCUCGAAUAUCUCUUCAUCAUCGAGCUCUCCUUCCUCAACGGCGCCUCAAAACUAGACGCACCAGUCUACUCCAUCGUCCAGGAAGAUUGA